AUGUCGAAAAUCCUCGUCGCAAACGCCGGCGCGUGGCAGCCAUCCGAAGAUGAUUUCCGCAGCGCACUCGCGCAACUGCACAGAAAGGAUUCCGUUCGCCAUGCAAUCGAGUCAGCCCAAGCCACCGUCGCGGACCAAAAACCACCGCAUUCGUGCGCAGACACAAAAGCACGCCUCCUGGCAAGGCAUCUACUACUGCACGUGCUGACAAAAUCUGACAACACGCAAGCUGAGCGUCUGCUUUGGAAGAGAGAAGUGCAUCUGCCCAUCUCAAAGUAUGGAAAGCCGCUCACCGCAUCGUACCGAGACGGACAUUACAGUGUCACGCACGUGGCUGAGUGGGUGUGCUGCGCCCGUUCCCCGGCUGCUCCCCUAGGAGUUGACAUAGCCACGAUACUUCCGCACGACAGUGUACUAUUUUCACUUUUCUUGUCAGAGGAAGAACUUGUACGAACAGAAGCCGUGCCGCGCAAGCAGUGGCCGCUUCUAUUUGCGCUUUUCUGGACCUUAAAGGAAUCUGUGCUAAAGGCCCUCGGCUUGGGACUCUCAACGAAGCUGCAAAUGUGCGAUAUUUCCCUGGACAACAUUGAGCUGGAAAACAUCUCAGUCGUGUCGAACGCGCAACCUGGUACCAUACAUAUCGCUUCAAAGCACCAUAUGAUGCUCUCACUUCGGGGUAACGCUAAUCAGCGAUGGUCUUACUCAUGCUUCAUGCUCCCCGGGGACCCUUCUCAUAUGGUAUCAGUAGUGCUGCAGGAAGAGGCGGUGGAUGAUGCUAUGGAAGUAUUGUUUGUGUCUCCACAAACUGCGCUCCAGGAUUAG